GAGCCAGAUCCAUUCGGCGAAACGACUGAAAAUCGAAAUAUAUCGAAUACCAUUAAAAUGCCAACCAUUUAGGAAAACAUGUUGGCUUGCGUCUGCCAACCAUCCGACCCUGGCAUUUUCAGACGCUCCCCAAUUCCCCUGGGAACACCCCCGCUCAAAAUAACGUCACGAGGUGCCGUUUUCAGACCUCCCGGAAAGAGCAUAAGGAUCACCGGACCCAUAGUAGAACCUCCGAGCGCCACCAACAUAGGACAAACAGCAGACUCCCUGGGCGAAACGAUUGUGGGAACACCGAAUCCGACACCAAUAAAUCGGGAAGUCCUGCUAAGUCUCGGAAAAGCUGGUAGGAGCCUUAGCAGGAAUGAAGAGGUGAGGAAAAUUGAGAGGAGAAACGGAGCUGAGGCUCCGGCUUUCAGUUCAUCUCCGGUGAAAAGGAAAUGCGCGAAACAGUGCUAUGUUGAUGGAAAACCUGGGAAGAAUGGAAACCAAUGUAGAUUGAGUGAUACGGAAGAAAAUAUAAGCCUUACUACAGAUAACUCGGACUGUGAUAGGAAAUCUGACGACAAAUUGAAUGAAAUCGAAAAGCUACCGGACGGAGUGCAGUUGACGCUGAGCGAGCUGCGCGAGAUGGCCUGCCGGCAGCAGGCGCAGAUCGAGUCGCAGCACCAGCUGCUCGCCGCCAAGGAGCAGCGGCUGCGCUACUUGAAGGAGCAGGAGCAGCGCCAGCAGCGCGUGCAGGCGGAGAGCGAGCGGCUGCGCAGGCUGCGCGACCGCGUCGACGCACAGGAGCUGAAGCUGAGGAAGCUGCGCGCGCUGCGGGGGCAGGUGGAUCACCAGAAGCAGAACAAUAUAUCUCUCACAAGUGACCUUGACUCGAUCCGAGCCCUCUUCAAUGAGAAGGAGAAGGAGCUUUCGCUGGCAGUUGCCAAAGUUGAGGAACUCACGAGGCAGCUGGAGGAGUUGCGGAGGGGAAGGGGGUCCUCGAGGGAUCCACCCCCUCCAUCCGCCCUGGAGUUGGACAAGCUGAGGAGGGAGCUGAUGUACAGGAACAAACUCAACGAGCAACAGAAUCAAAGGCUGUACCAGCAGCGCGAAGCUCUGACGGCGCGACAGGAGGAGAUGAGCGCCAUCGACAAGAGGAUAUCGGAGCUGCAGGAACGGCUGCACAAGAAGCGGCUGCUGAAUCAGCAGCUGGCCAAUCAGAUCAGCGCGGCGUCGCACAAGGCGGCGUACCAUCAGUUGGUCAGGCUGACGGGCAACGCGGACCAGAACAACCAGGCGUUCGCAAGGAAGCAACAACAAAACAACCAGGCGAACGGAUUAUCCAGGGGGAACAUCGCUGCUGUCGAGCCCUACAAUCACGUCCCCAGCAUCCAGCAGAGCCAUCAAAUCAAGAAUGUUAAUAACCAGCAAGAGAAUUCGGCAUAUCACCACCUAUAUCAACAGAAGCAUCAUAUCAAGAAAGAUAUCGACUCACCAAACAGCAAUCAUGAGAUUCAGGACCUAGCGAACAAAAUGUCAAACAUUUACAUCCCUCGGACAGACGAGAACGAUAUAUUGAAGGAAUUCACGGUGUCUAAAAGUGACCCAAAAUAUCAAACAUUACCUUACAACACAAAAUUCACUGUUAAUCUCGUGACGAAUAGGAUACCCAAAAACGACCAUAACUUCAAUAACAACAACGACAACCACAAGGAGGAAUUGAAUAGUCACAUAUCAAAUCACGUGAACGGCAAUUUCAAUAUCCAAUCGACGCAUAUGACUGUACAUAGUGCCCCGUUGAACAUGGUGAACAAGAAUAUUGCCACUCCGUUCAACCAACCUGAACUACCUGUGAGAAAACCUAGUGAUAAGGACAUAUUAGCAAACGGAAUCGAAGAUGUGAUCCAAAAGCAGCCUAGAGAAACAUAUCCCCAAUCAACAGGAAGCAACAGUAGCAGUACUCCAACAACAUAUCAGAAACCAAUAAGCAGCGUCGCCCCAACCUCCAUCCACCACACGGGCAUCCUCUCCAACGUCUACCAGACGAGCUCCAUCAAAGUCCAGCCCGUAGAGCCCCAAACCAUCCUGACCACGACCCCCUCCACCAAAAACCCCCCCAACUCGUCACCCAUCGUGCAAUCUCCGCAGUCCCUCAUCUUAUCCCCUCCCCAAUCCAGCAGCACUCCUCUGAGCAACACCCCCUCAAGCAAUACUCCCUCAAGCCACCCUCCGGAGGGUGACAAAUCUCCCAAGCCAGCCUUGCCCCCGAAGCCGGCUAUCAAACCGCCCCCGAGGCAGACUCAACAGGUGGCGAGCGAGGACACUUUGCCGCCGCCAUUGCCGCUCAGCGACCCGCCAGAAGAGAAGCUGGUGGCUAGCAGGAUAGCAGCUCUCACACAAAAAGGUUCAACACCAAGCAACCAAAACACUACCCCCUGCAAUCCAGAGAUGAUAAUAAAAGCCAAACCGCUAACAAUCAAAAAGCAACCGCUCUGCGAACAACCCAAACUACGUUCCGUCAACUCGUACUCAAAACUCAACGGCCUAACAUCAAACCGCAGGAUAGAAAUGCCGCCAGCCUUCCAUUUCCCGGAGCUACAAAACCUAGACAAAUCCCCGGAGAGCCCAACGGGCAAAGACGAACCCGACAAAUCGUCGGUAGACGAACCAGACAAGGAAGAAAAGCAAUUCGAAGGGGUGAUCAGGCGGUGCAAAAAGGGCAACUUGAAGCAGACCGGCAAGUCGAACUUGUCGAGACGCGUGAGCUUCGAUCCGCUGGCGCUUCUGUUGGACGCGAGUCUGGAGGGCGAGCUGGAGCUGGUAAAGAAGACCGCGACGCAAGUUACCAACCCUAGCGCGGCAAACGACGAGGGCAUCACUGCCUUGCACAACGCCAUCUGUGCCGGCCACCUGGAGAUCGUCAAGUUCUUGGUGGAGUUCGGGUGUGACGUGAAUGCGCAGGACAGUGACGGGUGGACGCCACUGCAUUGCGCGGCCAGCUGCAAUAAUCUGACGAUGGUGAAGUUUCUGGUGGAGCACGGCGCUUGCAUAUUCGCCACGACGUUGAGCGAUCAUGAGACGGCGGCUGAGAAGUGCGAAGAGGACGAGGAGGGAUUCGAUGGGUGCUCGGAAUAUUUGUACAGUGUACAAGAAAAAUUGGGCAUCCUAUCUGGUGGCUCCGUCUAUGCAGUUUUUGAUUAUACGGCACAGCAACUCGACGAAUUGAGUUUCAAGGAAGGACAACAGCUGACCAUCUUGAGGAAAGGAGAUGAAAAUGAACGAGAAUGGUGGUGGUCAAGAUUAGGUGACAAAGAAGGAUACGUUCCUCGGAAUCUUCUUGGGUUAUACCCUAGAGUGACGAAGAUUGAAGAUUGA